AUGUCUUCCUCACCUUCGACACUGUUCCUCGCAUCAUCCUGCGCUGCAGUUGCAGCAUUCGCACUCGGAUACACGGUUGGAUCUCGCGGGCCUUUAAACGCAUCUCUUCCUCGGCCAGGGCCUGACAAAACACCCUUAGUACCUGACUCGUCCGAGGCACACGUCGAUGACGAGAAACAUAGCGAAAGCGACGACUCGGAAGAGGAAGACGAAAGCCUUGCUGACGGUGAUCUCUCCGUAAUCCAAGCCGGAUUCAUGGAACCAUGUAAAAUGGUUCUUGUCGUGCGAGUGGACCUGAACAUGACGCCAGGCAAAGUAGCAGCUCAGUGUGGACACGCCACUCUUGCAUGCUACAAAGCCCUCGUGAAGAAAAACCCUCGACUUAUUAAACAUUGGGAAAGAACAGGGCAAGCCAAAAUCGCGCUUAAAGCCAAGUCUGAAGACCAGCUCCUGGAAUUGGAGGCUAUCGCUAAGAGUCUAAAUCUCUGCGCACGGUCAAUACAGGACGCCGGACAUACUCAGGUCGAUCCAGGGACCCGCACGGUUCUUGCCAUCGGACCAGCUCCAGUCGAGUUGAUCAACCAAGUAACUGGGAAACUCAGGCUAUUCUGA